AAGUACUGUUACUUCCAACAAUAGAUUUUUGUUUCCCUCCAAUCCAACCCCCAAACAGAACAUUUUUCUCUCUCUCACUCUUCUUAUCCUUUUACUACACACACAACACACGCCCCCAAAUAAAACCAAAUUAUCUUUCUCUUCUCUUCUCUACUAAAAUCAACAUCACUUCCACUCUUCCCCUUUCUUCUUGAAUUCUUCAAUUCCUCACAAACCCAAUUCAAUCAAAUAAUUUCCCAAUUUCCACAAAACCCUAACCCUAUGGAACUUUCUCGUCUCUCACUUUCCGACAACUACUUCUUCUUAUCCUCGCCAAUUCAUCGUUCUUCUUGGACUCGCCCGCUUCCCGCGUUGCCCGCAUUCUUCACCACCCGCCGCCGCCGGAGAGGUUUAUGCUCCGCCUCCAACUCCGACACUCUAGUCGCCGCUGCCGCCAAGAAGCACGGAGAGGAUGACACUGACUUGAAGACGUGGAUGCAUAAGAAUGGGCUUCCGCCUUGUAAGGUUGUUCUCAAGGAUAAACCUUCGCUUGAUGAUAGUCUUAAGCCUAUACACUAUGUUGCUGCUAGCGAAGAUCUUCAGAAGGGGGAUGUUGCAUUCUCGAUUCCCAGUUCGUUGGUUGUCACUCUCGAGCGUGUAUUGGGAAACGAGACUAUCGCUGAGCUAUUGACCACAAACAAGUUUUCGGAAUUGGCAUGCUUGGCCUUAUAUCUGAUGUAUGAGAAAAAACAGGGGAAGAAAUCUUUCUGGUAUCCAUACAUUAGGGAGCUUGAUCGGCAACGAGGCAGGGGACAGCUGGCAGUGGAAUCACCUCUUCUAUGGUCAGAAUCUGAGCUGGCAUACCUUGAAGGAAGCCCAUUAAAGGAUGAAAUUGUUAAAAGGAUUGAAGGAAUAAGAAAAGAGUAUAAUGAACUAGACUUAGUCUGGUUUAUGUCUGGUUCUUUGUUUCAGCAAUACCCAUAUGACAUUCCCACCGAGGCUUUUCCAUUUGAAAUUUUCAAACAAGCUUUUGCAGCAGUUCAGUCAUGUGUUGUGCAUUUACAGAAUGUUAGUUUAGCUCGGAGAUUUGCUCUGGUUCCCCUGGGACCUCCUUUGUUAGCCUACUGUAGCAAUUGCAGGGCGAUGUUAUCUGCGGUUGAUGGUGCUGUCGAGCUUGUGGUUGAUCGCCCAUAUAAAGCCGGGGACCCAAUUGUUGUGUGGUGUGGCCCACAGCCUAACACAAAGUUACUUACAAACUAUGGUUUUGUUGAUGAUGACAAUUCCAAUGAUCGUCUCAUAGUUGAGGCGGCUUUGAGUACCGAAGAUCCACAAUAUCAAGAAAAAAGAAUGGUUGCUCAAAGAAAUGGAAAAUUAUCAAUUCAAACUUUUAAUGUGUAUACUGGGAAGGAAAGGGAAUCUGUCUUAGAUAUGAUUCCGUAUCUGCGUUUAGGCUAUGUUUCAGAUCCUUCUGAGAUGCAAUCUGUCAUCUCCUCUGAAGGUCCAGUUUGUCCUAUGAGCCCAUGUAUGGAGCGGGCCGUGCUGGACCAGCUUGCUGAUUAUUUCAAUUCCCGGUUGGCUGCCUACCCUACAACCUUGGCUGAAGAUGAAUCUAUGCUGGCAGAUGGUAGUUUGAAUCCAAAGAGGCGAGUUGCUACUCAACUUGUAAGGCUAGAAAAGAAAAUGCUUCAUGCAUGUUUGCAGGCAAUCACGGAUUUCAUAAACCAGCUACCAGACCAUAGUGUAUCGCCAUGCCCUGCUCCUUAUGCACCUUCAUUAAAAUAAAAGGAAGACAAUUUUGAAUUGGAGGAAAACUGUUUUCUUUCAAAUACCCUAGAGCAAAGGAUAAAAAUGAGUUACAGCAGCCUAUCACGAGUGGUGAGAAUUAAAGUGCACAUUGGCAGGUCUAGUUCGGAGCAAGUUAGUGGGGAUGGAGCUCCGGAUUGAAGCCCCGAUGAUGGAGAGACAGUAUCCCCUAUGCACGUCAAACGGAUGAUAAAAUUUAUGCUAAAAAUUGGAAUUUCUUUUUCUUUCUUUUUGUAUAUUUAUCUAUAUUUUAUUUAAAAUAAUACCAUUUAAUUUUCUCCUUGACUAGCGAUUUCUUGAUGAAUGUGAAAAACAUGGUUGAGUAUUGCCACUGAAUCCUAAGCACAUAGUCAAUACCUUCUCGGGGCAUAGGAAAUGUGUACCCUCCUGCUCAUGUUGUAUGACUUGGAGUUUUGUGACCAAAAAACAUGCAUAGGAAUUGUGUACCCUCCUGCUCAUGUUGUAUGACUUGGAGUUUUGUGACCAAAAAACAUCUAGUCCCAAUUCUCUUUUGCUAGCUAAAAUAGGGGUUUGUGUGUAGAACAAUAUCCAUCGGCGGUGGUAGCAAAAACAUGUCCACCAUUCACUUUGUACUACUAAUGAAACAAAAGUAUUUUAAAGAGACCUCAAGUCACAUAUAGACUAUUUAGAGUCAGAGCUCCUAAAAUACUUGUGUCAAAACCUGCUGUUGGACCUUAUUAAUCAAUAAUCGGAAUUGUCCUUUAGUGUUUUCAUUAUUGUAAUUUUCUAAUUGUUAAAAAGCUGUAUAAAUUGAAAUAAUUCAAUUCAA